GCAUUGCACGUGUGUUUAAAAACUUCGCAUUGUUUUUAAGUAACAGUGCGUUAAAAUAUAAUUUUAAUGCACAAAAAGACAACACAAUGGACGUAAAUAUCAACAAGCUGCGACGCAGUGCGCAAAAAUUAUUGAAUCUUACUGCCAGUGAGCCACAGGAGGAUGUGUUUGUCUUAAACUUGCACAAGUUUUUGAAGAAGAAGCGAUACGUGGAACAAGAUGUGGAGCGACUGUUCGGCAGUCUUAGCCAGCAGUUAACGGUGCCUGGCUACACCGUGCCCAUAUCCGUGAGUUUCGAGGAGCAAUUGUUGUUGCUGCUUACCAUGUCAUUAAGGUGCGAUGUUUCCGAGCAUGUUCAGCAGUAUAAAUUGGAGUGUAUGGCUGUGGCCAAGUUGUUGCAUCUGUCAGUCGAUGCCAAAAGGUUUGCCAAGAGCUACUUUCGCCACAAGCCAGCACCUUUCGAGGAACCAGCAAGUAAGAAUCCGUCUAAGAAGGCGAGAAAGGCACAAACCAAUGGCUCUGUAGACCUUAAGGAAAACGAAUCACAUUUGGAAAUCGUUCAAUGUUGCUACCAGUUAUUGAAGAGUGAUGCCUCCUAUUACCGGGAACUGUGGGACUGGUCACAGUUCCUAAACAACUAUGCCCAUAAAGAAUUUAAGUGUCAGCUGACGCGUCUUUAUUGCAAUCACAUUAUGGCCAUGCUGACCGAUAUGACCGCCACACAGCUUCACCAGCUGAACUCUCAGCUACCUUCUCAGGUGCAGCUGAAAUUUGAGGAGCAGCAGAGACUUCCCACGUCCACAAAGUGCGAAGAUUUGCCCGAGCUGCCGGAACAACAGUUGACAAUCAAACUGGAGAAGGCCAAUCAAUCAGUAACCAAUAUCGAAGGUGUUCUCCUGCCCAUAUUCAACAAGGACAAUAAGGAUUUCUAUGACGAAUCCGAUGGAUGUUAUGAUCGCAUUGUGAAAGUGGACUCCACCAUUGUCAAUCUGAGAAGUAUUGCAUUAGGCGUGUCCGCCGCAAAACCCAUUUGUUUGUCCGGACCCGUUGGCUGCGGCAAGACCACACUGAUUGAGUACCUGGCACGUAAAACAGGACGUAUUUGUCCGAAACCCAAGGAGAUUGACACACGAAACAAAGCUAAAGAAGAUGAUGAACUACUUAAACCAAAAAAGAAACCGAAAUCAGCGAAAAAUGCUGGGGAAAAACGUAAAAUUGCUGAAUUACCGAUGGAAGAUCUAAUGGUAUUGGAGGAUGCGGACGCACUUGCGCAGAGAAAUGGAUUUCUACGCAUACAGUUGGGUGAUCAGACGGAUAGUAAAAUGCUAUUGGGUCAAUAUCGUUGCACAGAUGUGCCCGGCGAGUUUGUUUGGUUGCCCGGUGUGCUAACCCAGGCUGUCAUGCAUGGCUAUUGGCUAUUAUUGGAGGAUCUGGACGCAGCUACACAGGACACAUAUACGAUAUUGAGCAGUCUAUUGGAGCGGAAUUCUUUGAGUGUGCCAGGAUUUCGGGAUUGUGUUAAGAUAGAACCAGGAUUUCAGCUGUUUGUAACAGUGCGCACCAACAAAUCGUCGAGCAAUUCGAGUCAGAAAUCUCUGUACUCUCUGCUAGAGAAAUAUCUGUAUACCAUCAAUAUAUUGCCACUGUCCCGUAAUGAACUGUGCAAAGUGGUGAGCACCAACUAUUCCAAACUGGCAACUGUCGCCAAUCGCAUUGUGGACGUCUUCCUGACCUUCUCCAGCGGUGCUCACACCUCAGCUGAUAAUCUACGCCAGCAGGAGAGCAAUGACAAGGCAGACACCACGGAAAACUAUGUGGCACUGCCAUUUGAGCAGGUGACACUCGGCUCAAUGCCCAACUCGGGUCGUCUGGUGUCCACACGCGAUCUCGUCAAGCUGUGUCAGCGUGCCAAUUCGCAGUUUUCCGUAACCAGCGCGGAAUGCGCUUACUUUGUCUUCCAAAAUGCCGUCGAUGUCUUCUGUUCGUAUCUGCCGCAGAGCAAGGAGAAGACUGCGUUGAUCACAAACAUUGGCGCCAAGCUGGGCAUCAUCCGUUCAAGAUGCGAGCACUUUGCCAAUGACUACAAGCCCGAUGUGGAGUUUGGCAAGGAACAUUUUAAAGUUGGACGUGCAACGCUGCCAGCAAAGUUGCCGGAAGAGGAGGAGUUGAUCCAAAAUCAAAGCGCCACAAAGCGACAGAAGCUGACGAUGCAGUUAAAGAAGUCAAUGCCCAAGCCAGCAGCACAGCGUGCAACCUUCUCCUUUACACGCCUGGCCAGCUGCAUUCUGGAGCGGAUUGCCGUCUGUGUGAGUCACUCGGAGCCAGUGCUUUUGGUGGGUGAAACAGGAGUGGGCAAAACCUCAUCGGUGCAGUAUCUGGCCGAGAGAACAGAGCACAAACUGGUGGCCAUUAAUAUGAACAAUCAGUCGGAUGUUUCUGAUCUGGUGGGUGGCUUCAAACCCGUGGAACUCAACUAUGUUUUGGCUCCAUUGCGUUACGAGUUCGAGCAUCUGUUUAGUGAAACUUUCAAUCCGGAAAAGAAUCAACAGUUUCUGUUAAUCUUUGCCACACAUUUCAAUAAUGGUCGCCACAGCGUCAUCAUACGCACCAUGCUCAAUGUGUGCAAUGGCAUGUUCAGCAAAGUGGAGCACAAGCAUAAUCCUCUGCUGCCACGCUGGCAGACGCUGCGGGAGAAGCUGCAACGAUUGCAAACGCAGCUGGACAAGAGCAUUAAUAUAUCGUUUGCCUUUAUACCCGGCUCCCUGGUCAAUAGCAUCAGCAACGGGGAUUGGGUGCUGCUGGACGAGAUCAAUUUGGCAUCGGCUGAGACGCUGGAGUGCCUGUCCACCAUAUUGGAGCCGGAGGGAUCUGUGGUGUUGCUGGAACGUGGUGACUUUAUGCCCGUGAAGCGUCAUCCAGAUUUUCGCAUAUUUGCCUGCAUGAAUCCCAAUACGGAUAUUGGUAAAAAGGAUUUGCCCGUCGGCAUACGCAAUCGAUUCACCGAAUUCUUUGUGGACGAGCUGACCACGGAUGCGGACUUGAGUCUGCUGGUCGGCGAUUAUCUGGCCAAUACGGGCAUACAGCGUAAAUCCGUGCACAGCAUUGUCCAGCUCUACAAAUCCCUGCGGCGUCUCUCCGAGCUGCAGCUGAACGAUGGACUCGGCAAUCGUCCGGUUUAUUCGCUGCGUACGCUCUGCCGUAGUUUGAGGAUUUGUGCCCGGAACUUGUGUGGUUCCAUUGAGCGUAAUCUUUACGAGAGUUUCUGUUUGAGUUUCCUCACGCAACUGGAUCCGGAAUCGCAUCAGCUGGUCUUGUUGCUCAUACGGGAUGCCCUGCUGAAGAAUGCCAAGGCAGUGCUGAAUCAAUCCUUGCCGCAGCUCGGCGAGAAUUACCUGCAAUUUGAGGGCUACUGGAUACAGCAGGGCAAUCUGGAGCAGCAGUCCUGCGAUCACUACAUCCUCACGACCAGCGUUAGGAAGAAUCUACAGGAUCUGGCACGUAUCAUUUCCAUUGGCAAGCUGCCCAUUUUACUCCAAGGCCCCACAAGUGCCGGCAAGACCAGUCUGAUUGAUUAUGUGGCCCGGCGGAGUGGCAAUCGUUGUCUGCGCAUCAACAAUCACGAGCACACGGAUCUGCAGGAGUAUAUCGGCACGUAUGCGGCCGAUGUGACCGGCAAAUUGAGCUUCCGCGAGGGCGUCUUGGUGCAGGCCAUGCGUCAUGGCUACUGGAUCAUCUUGGAUGAACUGAAUUUGGCCUCCACGGAUAUUCUCGAGGCACUCAAUCGUGUGCUGGACGACAAUCGGGAGCUGUACAUUGCGGAGACCCAAACACUGGUCAAGGCACAUCCCAAUUUCAUGCUGUUUGCGACACAGAAUCCGCCGGGACUUUAUGGCGGCAGAAAGACCUUGUCACGUGCCUUCAAGAAUCGCUUCAUUGAGCUGCACUUUGCCGACAUUCCACGCACGGAGCUGGAGACUAUAUUGGAGCAGCGUUGUCUGAUACCCGCCUCCUAUGCCCGCAAGAUGGUACAGUGCAUGACCCAGCUGCAGCAGCAUCGCAAGAAUACCUCCAAGCAAGUGUUCACCCUGCGAGAUCUGUUUCGUUGGGGCAAUCGCUAUACACUGGCGGACAAGGCACUGCAGCAGGAUUCGAAGUACGAUUGGAAUCAGCAUCUGAUCGAGGAGGGUUACCUGGUGCUCUCCGCCAAGGUGCGCACACCGGAGGAACUGCAUCUCAUUGAGCAGACACUGUAUGGCAAUUUCAAGAAACGCAUCGAUCUGGAGCUGCUCUUUGAUAUCCACACCAAGCGUGAGAGUUCCGCCGUCAGUCGUAAGAUUCUGGAUGCCAUACGCAACUUUAAGCAGCGCGGGGACAUCGUUUGGACCCGUAACAUGACACGGAUGGCCGUGCUAACCGCCAAGGCGUUGCAGUUCGAUGAACCCGUGCUCCUGGUGGGUCCAACUGGUUGUGGCAAGACCACAGUUUGUCAGCUGCUCGCCAGCAUUGCCAGUGUACGGCUCCGCAUCCUCAACUGUCACAUGCACACGGAAGGAGCUGAUUUUCUGGGUGGACUACGUCCAUGUCGUAGCCAGGAGAAUCAAACGCAGAAACUCUUUGAAUGGGCGGAUGGACCGCUUAUCUAUGCCAUGCAGGAGGGUUCCUACUUCAUGGCCGAUGAAAUCUCACUGGCUGAGGAUUCGGUGCUGGAGCGGCUCAAUUGCAUACUGGAACCAGAGCGUAGUGUACUCCUAGCGGAAAAGGGCGGCGUUGUGGAGGAGGAUAUGGAAUCCGAUAGCUUAAACAGGGACUUUGUGGUGCAGGCCAAGGCAGGCUUUCAGUUCCUGGCCACCAUGAAUCCCGGUGGAGACUUUGGCAAGAAGGAAUUGUCGCCAGCGCUAAGGAAUCGCUUCACGGAGGUCUGGUGUGUGCCAUCGGAUAAUAAGUCGGAUCUUAUUGAGAUUGCCUACAACUGCAUGCAGCGUGGUGUCCGCGAUUCCAGUGCCUUGAGGGAUACCCACAAAAUAGCCGAGUAUUUGGUGGAAAUUGUGCUCUUCAUACGCGACUCCAAUGAGAAGUUCAAGUUCUCGGUGCGUGACAUUCUGGCCUGGGCCAAUUACAUGGUCAGCAAUGCCAAGCUCACAUUUGCCGAGCAGGCCAUCUUUGGACUGGAGACCAUCUUUCUGGAUGCCUUGGAAAUGCUGCCACACGAAUCGUUAACCCAAAUUGAAGCUCUUAAGUCCACAAUAAUCGACUAUGCCAUCAGAAAAGCAGCCGAGAUACUCAACGAACGCUUUGAGCUGUCGGAUGUCAGCCAAAAACGUGGCCAACAGGUGGAACUGGAUGAGCGCAGCUUUGGCAUUUGUCCUUUCUACAUAGCGGUCAAUCCAGAACGCUUGACGCCGGCCAAUGCGGAUUUCCUCUUCGAUGCGCCGACCACCAAACAGAAUCUAUUCCGUCUGCUGUCCGCCUUGUCGCUGCAGAAACCCGUGCUCCUCGAGGGACCACCGGGUGUGGGCAAGACCUCGAUUGUGGAGAGCAUUGCCCAUGCCAUUGGCUAUCAAAUAGUGCGCAUCAAUUUGUGCGAACACACGGAUCUGGCGGAUCUCUUUGGCACCGAUCUGCCCGCUGAGGAUAAUCUCCUGGAGCGUGUGGAGGCGCAAAGUCAUUUGGGCAGCUUUGUGUGGCGCGAUGGUCCCUUAUUGGCUGCCCUGAAGGCGCCAAACACUUGGAUACUGCUGGAUGAACUGAAUCUGGCACCACAAUCGGUGCUCGAGGGUCUCAAUGCCGUGCUGGAUCAUCGUGGCGAGGUCUAUAUUCCGGAACUCAAUAAGAGCUUCCAGUUGACAGACUCCACGCGUAUUUUUGCCUGCCAGAAUCCGUUGAAACAAGGCGGUGGACGCAAAGGAUUGCCUCAGUCCUUCCUCAAUCGUUUCAACAAGGUUUAUUUGCGCAAACUGAGCACCGAGGAUCUGCUCCAUGUGGUGAAUGUCAAGUACGCCGAUUACUUUGAGCAGCUACGCCAACAUUUCAGUUCCUUAUUGCCAGCUGAGCAGGGUAAUCUCUUUGAGAUUUACACUGGUCAAUCGUCAGCGGGAGUUGGAGACACCUUAAGCUUCGAUUUGGCUGCACGCUUGGUGCGUUUCUCGGAGCAACUGGAUCGUGGUGUGGCCAGCAUGGAGUUUGGCUACAAGGGUGGUCCUUAUGAGUUCAAUUUGCGUGAUAUUCUGCGCUGGUGUGAUCUGCUCCACAAUCCAGAAACUGGCUACCUAAUGCUGCCAGGAGCAGCUGAUUUCCAAGUCGCCUUCAAGGACUUUCUGCUGACGCUCUACGAGCGCAUGCAGCUCGUCUACUAUCAAAGGAUGCGUUGCGAUCAGGACAAGUUGUACAUUAGGAACGCCUUUGCCAGUGUCUUCAAUUGCAAUGCUGAUCUUUUGAAUGCCAUUGCCGAGGAUGUGGCUCUCUAUUGGACAGCCGAUAAGAUCUAUCUGAAUGAUGUGGUGCUGCAGCGGGAACAGGUUGCUCUCGGCGCGGCUCAACGGCAGGAGCAGGCACCUCUGCUGUUGUCCACGCAGCGACAGCUGCUCAAGCAAAUUGUGGAAACGGUGCACAUGGAGAAGCCACUGUUGCUCUGUGGCGCCACAGACAGUGGCAAGACCAAGCUGAUUGAUGCCCUCUGUGUGCUGUCAAAUCGUGUCUGCAACUCGGACAACAUUGACGACUCCAUCACAGGCAGUUUUCAACAGAUUGAUCUCAAUCGUCAUCUGGAGGAAAUCUAUAAAAAUGUGCAGGCCUUGGUCUUUGGCGUGGUUCAGCAAGCUUUUCUACAGCAAAUGGCAUCAACGUUUGCUCAGCAACUCUGGAGCACUUGGAGCAAGUAUAAUCACUUGGUUCAAUUAACGACAGAUUCCCACAGCGUUGCCGAGGAGCUGCAGUUGUUUGAGAAGCGUCUGUCUGCUUUGGAAGCUAUCAUCACCAAGUUGUGGGAGACACCAGAGAAGUGUCGCGUCGCUCUGUUCCAGCAGCUGCCAGAAAACAAAUCAAAGCUCUCCCUGCUGCAGGCAUACAUCAAAUCAGCGGAUUCCCUCAACACUGGCGGCUCCUUUGAGUGGGUUGAUUCGCGCAUUGUGACAUCGUUGAAGUGCGGUCAAUACAUAUUGCUGGAGCAUGUGAAUCUCUGCUCUUCGGCGGUGCUCGAUCGUCUGAAUCCCGUGUUUGAGCCCAAUGGCUGUCUGUUAAUUGCAGAGAAGGGCAUCAGUGCCCAGGAUUGUGCCGAAGUGGUGCGUAAAUCGCCCAAUUUCCGAGCCUUUCUCACUGUGGAUCCCAAGAAUGGGGAACUCUCACGUGCCAUGCGCAAUCGUUGUGUGGAGCUGUCGUUGUCGGUGUCCAAGGAUGCCUACAGCAUGGACGACAUGCGUGCCAUUGUCCAUGGCCAGGGAGUGCGUCAGAUUGGGGCCAUCAACUGCAUGUUGGCCAUUCAUCGCAAUGUCUGCCAACUGACCGAGUUUAAUGCCUAUACCAUAUCGCAUCUAACGCAGUUUGCGUUCCUCAGCGCCGCCUACAAGCACAUUGGAUACCAGUUGAAGCGAGCCAUCUAUGUGGCUGCCAUGGAGGUUUAUGUGUACUCCGCCAACAUGGAUUUAAUGGGCUUCGGAUUGUCCUACUAUCAGAACAAGCUGCGUGAAGUUGUGCUUGCCCAAACAGACGUUUACGUGCAGCAGGCAGAUGCACUGCAGCAGGAGGAUUAUCUGAGUGAUGUUAUACUCUGCACUGAUGAUCUGAAUACCUUGACGCUCAUCAAACUGCAGGCGGCGGCCUUAAAGCUGCUGCUCCAGUCGCCAACUGUUGAGCAGCUGCCUCAGGAGCAAUUGACUUGGUUGUUUCAGUCCAUGGAAUCACUUCAACUGAGUCAACUGAAUGUCCAGCAACUGAGUCGUUACCUCAUCUGCAUGCUGUACGAGGUGUGCGCCUUUGGGGAUCUUCAAAUGAGGCAUCUCUAUCUGCAACAAUUGCUUAUCCAUCAGCCAGAACUGCAGCAAUUGUCGGCGAGUUUGUUUGAUUGCUUGCGUCAGCAAGGACAAAGAUUCCAGUUGACUUUAGUGGAUUUACCCUGGCAUAGAAGACUCUUUCCACGUCUGCGGGACUAUGCAACGACUGCCCAGCCAGAAGAUGCUACAGCUGACAGUGCCUUGGCACUCAGUGCCUCCUUGUGGGCGCAACUGCUGCUCGAGAAGAUUCCCCGAAGAGCUGUGAUCAAACUGCAGCAGCUGGAUGCCCUGCAAUACUCCCAGGCAUUGCUGGCCAAGAAGAUAACUGAGAAAUAUAGCAACGACUUUCUAAUCCAUCUCUCCACAUUCCUCGAUGGCCUCCAGGAAUCACUGCAACAUCAUUUGAGCUCUGCCAAAUUCCAACUCUUGCAAUAUGCCAAAUUUCUGACCAAAUUCAAUUGGUUUAAUCGUCUGCUGGCCACAUCGCAGCAGAAACUGUUGCAGAACAACGAGUUGCAUGCACCAUUGAUGCACAAACUGGUGCUGCACUUCAAGUGGCUGGAGAAGCACUUACUGGCUGCCAUCCUGGAGGCCUGGCCCAACUUCCUCCACAUCCAUCAAGGUCUACGUGCCAGCUUGGAACAGCUGAGCAACUACGUGCAGCAGACAAAGCGUCCUUUCAACGCGUCCAGCAAGAUUUAUGCCAAACAAUUUACACAGUUCCAACCCUAUUAUCUGGAACAACAGAUUGUGCUGUUUGAGAAGACCGAGCAGCUGCAGCAGCUGCUGAAUGUGGUUCCCCAGUAUGGUGACAUGGACAGCAAGUUGUGGUUGCACAAGUGGCAGGCACUGCAAUCGGAUGAGGCAAACAAGUGGCGAGCAUUCCAGCGAACUCACACCGAGAGCCUGCAGCUUAAGCAAUUUGAACUAAGUGCUGGCAUGUCUGAGAGUGAACUGAAGACAUCACUUGUUAGACUGCAAGCGGAGCUAAAGGAAAGGCAGGAAAAGGAGAAACCCGGCUUGGAUGUGGACUUAGAUCUGACAGAGCUCAGGCUGCAGUUGGCAGGUGGCAAGCUGGAGCAGAACGAUGAGCAUCAGCUGGAUGUGGAUGAGAGUCAGUUCAAGAUCUAUCAACUAUUGUUGCCGGCACUGCGGGAUUACUUCAUGAAUCGCGUGCUGAGCAGAUCGCUCAACGGAGAUUUCGCUGAGCAACUGAAUCCGGACUACAGUGAGCAACUAAUCACAUUGAAUGCCCAACUCUGGAGAUGUCUGAACACGCUAAACAGUUCGACGCAUGCCAAGAUCAGGUCGGCACACAAAGAACUCCAGCAGGUGAAUGACUUGGAGGAGUUGCUGGAGCAGCUCAAUGGCAGCAGCUGCUACAAAGCAUUGCGCAGCUAUGAACGUCAAUAUCUGAAUGCUCUGCAGUGUUAUCAGCUCGAGAAUCUGUCCACUCGCAUUGAUUGCGCACAGACGCCGUCGGAGCUGGAGCUGUCCAGUCGUUAUAGCUAUCAGGGACCGCCUUUGGCCAAUGCGCUGCUCUCGCUGCUUUGCCAGUCAAAUGGACAACUGUUGUCGGUGCCACUCAGUGAGCUGCAGCCCUGGCGUCAGUCCCUGAGACAGAUACGUCAGCUGCUCUGGCAGAAUGCGCAGCUGGUGAGCAGAAGACACAGUCCCGAAGUCAACAAUGGACAGCUGGCGCAACGGAACGCCAGACAAUUGCUGCAAGAAUUGGCAUAUGUCUUAAAGCUGUCGCCACAAGCGGAUGCAGGCUUCCAGAGCUGCAUUGCGGACUUGCAACAGACGCUGCAGCAGUUGCAGCUGCACAAUGAACAGGAGCAAUCAAUGACAACAGCUUUCAAUGCUGCACUGGCCAGCACUUUAAUUGGCGCCCUGGAGUUGUGUGUGUUGACACAUGCGCCCCUAAUUGAUCCCGUCGAGAAGAAUCGCCUAAAAAAUCUCUACAUAACCGAGGAUAUUAACUGCUUAAAUCAUUUAACUACAGCCUAUGAUUUCAUGAAGAUCAGCAUGAAGUAUCAGCAUUUUGGCCAACAAAUCUAUGUGCAGCUGCAGCAGCAACUGUUGCUGGCGCAUCAGCAACAGCAGCAACUCAAUCAGCAGCUGGCACUGCGUCCGGAGCAAUGUCUUUAUGCCUCUUUGGUGCAGGAUCUGACACACUUUCUGAAAUCCAAUUGUGACUGUGCAGCGCUGCACAAGAUCAUCACAGCUAUUAGGGAGAAUUGGUUGCACUUUGUGGGUGACCAGUUGGCCAAUGGAGCGCAGCUGAAGAGUGGCGCCGAGUUGCUGCAGAAGCUGGAACUUUGGCUGGCAAAUGCUCAGCGUUUUGUGCAUCAUACGCUGGCCAGGUAUGCGGCAUACUAUCAGGACUUUGUGCAGCCCAUCAAAUGCGCUGUCAAUCAGCUGCGUUUUGGACUGGAGCAACUGAAGGUGCUCUUCACCCGUCUCCUCGCAGCGGGCAGUGCCAUUGAGGUCCAGAGAUUGCAGCAGACCAUCAGUCAGAUGGUGCAGUUUCCCUCGCAACGUCCGUUGGCCAUUCGAAAUAGCCAUGUGUAUGGUUUGUUGGCCAAGUUACCACAUUCGGAGCAUGCAUACUUCCGGCUGCUUAAGGCGAAGCUUAGCGAGCUGCGCAACUUCAUCACAAUUGCGGCGACCAUUGAUGAAACCAUCUUUGCUGCUUAUGAUGAUGCCUUGGGCAUCUGCAAUCAAACCUGGCAGCUGGAGGAGAAGCGUCGCUGUGAUCAACGUGCCGAGGAGGAGAGUCUCUACAAGACGAAAACACUUGGCGGCGUCGAGGAUGAUGAGCUGCUGGAACUAAAAGAGAUUGAGCAGAACUUUCCCACACAUCUGGACGAGGACUUUGCCGAGUUUGUGAAUGAACCCAGCUUGGAGCAGGUACUCAAGCUGGACAAGAAGGCGCACACAAAGGCCAAGCUGGCGGAGAUUGUCAGCGAGCAGGAUUACGUCUUUCUGGCACGCAAUUUCAUCGAGGUGAUGAGCCGUCAUACGCCAGUUAGCUACAAGGAGCUGGAGCAGCUGGAGAGGAGCAGUGAACUGCAGCUGAUUGCACCAUAUCAGGCGCGUCUUGAGGUCUUUGUGCAGCUGCAUGGACACUACAAGACGGCGCUGGGUGCGCAGCUGGACGACAGCGUCUACAAUGGCCUGACCUUUGCCCUGGCGCUGCAGCAGCGUCAGCUGAAGGAUCUGGAGCUGGAGGACAGCCAGACGAGUAGUCGCAACUAUGACUACUACAAGGACUCGAACAUAGCGGAGAUCGGUGACUGCCUGAAUGUCAUGGAGCGCAUUGAGCAGCGUGUGCUGGAGCAACUGGAACUGUAUCCGGAGCACGCGGGAUUGGCGGACAUCAAGCUGGUCAUUGGCCGUAUACGCAAAUUGCCGGCAAAUGCCAGUGUCGGACGCUUCAACACGGGAUUCCAGCUGCUGCGCCAGAAGCUGGCACUGUGGAACGAGCUGGCGCACAAGAACAACAAUCUGGUCAGCGAGGAGAUCGAGGUCGCGGAGUUUGUGCAGCGUUGGACCAAACUGGAGCUGCAACACUGGCGCAACUGCCUCAACCAGACGGCACAGCAGGUGGAAUUGCAGGCAUAUCGCUAUUGGUUCUUCAUCUACAAUCUGUUGCAAGCUGGCGCAGAUUUACCCGACUUGAUUCGCACACUGCGUCAGUUUGUGGAGGCCUCCUGCUUUGGGGAUUUCCAUGUGCGACUCCAGCUGCUGCAUGGCUUCGAGAUGUAUCUGCACAACAUGGAGCGCGCUGGCAAGCAAAUGAAUCUACAACUGCAACCGCUAAUUGCCGCCUUGCACAAUCUGCAAUUGUACUUCGCGCAGUUCUCCAACGAGGUGACGGAUACCGUGAAGACUCGUCGUGCUCCCAUUGAGAAGAAGCUGCGGGAAUUUGUCAAGAUCCAGAGCUACAACAAGGAUCUCAGCUACUUUAGCAUGCGCAACAAUGUGGCCAGUGUGCAUCGCAAUCUGAACAAGUUCCUCAAGGAGUAUCGCCUGCUGCUGGAGCAGAAGAUCAGCGAGGUCUUCCAGCCCAAAGAUGCCACAGUCAAGGACUACAGCAUGAAUAAGCACCAGAAAAAGCAGACUAUUCCACUGGACAGUCAGCACUUUGUGGCCAGCGAGCAGCUGCAUCACAAAUACCAGGCACAGGUUGUGCAUCUGGCCGAGAAUGCGCCCAUCCUGCAGCGUCUGGGCAAGCACUUUGCCACCGCCCGCAACAUUGUGCGGGAGACGCUAUCGCAUACGGAUUAUGCUGCAUUGAUUGCGGAACUGGAUGAGCUGGUGGAUGUGCAGCUGGAGCGAUGUGAGCAGCUGCGUAAUCUAAACGUGGAUCGCAGCAAGGAGCGACCACAGCAGAAGCUCCAGGCCAAGCAGAUCUUGCAACAGAAGCGCAAGGCCUUAACCGAUCUCUUCAAGGUCCUGGCGCGUCUGGGUCUCAGCUACAAGACGGGACUCAUGGAGCUCUCGCUGCGCACUGAAUUCGAGAACUUCCAGCUGCCGCCAUUCAGCAUCAAAGCCAUGCUGCCAUCUCUGCAUCCCAGUUGGCGGCAACUCAACCAGCAGCUGGAUCUCUACUACAUGAAGAGCGUCUUCAAGUUGAAGCUGCUGCAGAACAUCAUGUUGACGCCGCUGUCGGAGCUGGGACCACCGAAUAUUGAGCGGAUCAAGGGCUUCGCUGUGGACAUGUUUCUGCUCGUCCAGCAGCAGCGGGAGCAGCUGUCCAGUUGCACCCGGGAGUUGCAUGAGCUGCGCCAGGCAUUGGAGCAACUGCGUCAGGUGGCGGAUGUUGUGAUGCCAGAGCAGGCGAAGAUCGAGCAACUCUGCUUCUCCCGCAAUGCGGAUGCCUGUGUCCAGCUGAAGCACAAUCUCUGCCAGAUUCAAUACGUGCUCCGGCAGUGGCAGUUGCUGCUCCACUGUGCUCCUGGGCAGGAGAACAGCGAGAACAGUGUCUUGCUCUCCCGUCAACCGCUGCGUCUGGCGGAGCUGCUGGAGCUCUGUGGCCUAAUCCUGCGAAGCAGUCAAGUGCUGCUGCAGCAGCUGGAGCGCACGAAUCUGGAGUUCCUGGACAGCAACAAGCUGCAACAAUACCAGCUUAGUUAUGAGAAGAUUAUAGGAAACAUCAAACAGGCCUUGUCCCAGCUGGAGAAUGGACAUGAGGAGCACUUGCCGCUGGCACAGCCGCUCUUGACACUGCUGACCACGUUGGAUGCCACCUCAGCAUUGGCAACUGCUGCUGCUCCCAAUGUGGAGUCCAUUGAGCUAACCAAUGUGGAUGCAGAGCUGGCAAAUAUUGCACAUGCCGUGCUCUUGGCGCUGCAGAAGAUUUACAAGGAGCAUGGCAAGCUGCCGGCCAAGCAAACUGAGCAGGAGCAGCAAGUCAACGAGCUGAGGGAACAGCAUCUAAAGCAGCAUCUGACAGGUCAACUGGACGCGGAUUGGCAACUCCUGGGCAUGCCACGCACUCUGGGCAAGCUCUCCAAUGUGCUGUUAGUUCUAAAACAUGCCGAUCCCAGCGAGCAGAAGUUGCUCUGCCUGCGUCGAGCGGUGGCCUUGUUGCCUGUGCUGGAGCAGUAUCAAUUGCUGGCCGAUUACAUGCUGCUCCAACAGCUGGGCACCCACAGGAUCUCGGCCAAGAUGCUGUCCAUUAUGCUGACCGCAUUCGUGGAGAUUGGCAGCAAGGGCUUCUGUGUGCCGCCGGAUCUGAUGCAGGACGAGGAGGGACAGUCCAAGCAGGAUUCAAAGAAUGGCGAGGGCUUUGGCCUAGAAGAUGGCACCGGUGAGAAUGAUGCGUCCGAUAAGAUUGAGUCUGAGGAUCAGCUGGACGAUGCCAAGCGGCCGGAGGAUCGCAAGGAUGAGGAUGACAAGGAGGAGCCCGACUGCAAGGAGGAAAAGGGCAUUGAGAUGAGCGACGAUUUCGAUGCCAAAAUGCAGGAUGUGGACAAGCCAGAGGAAGAUGACAGUGGCGAAUCCGAAGAGGAGGACGAGCUCAACAAGCAAAUGGGCGAAACGGAAGAUGGCGCCGAGAAGCUGGAUGAGCAGAUUUGGGGCGAUGACGAGGAAAAGCAGCCGGAGGAAGAGGAGCCCGAUAUGAAUGAAGAGGAUCAGGGCAAGGGCACCAAGGAUGAGAAGGAUGAGCAUAACGAUCUGGACACCAAGAACGAGGCUGCCAAAGAGGAGGGCAACGAUGAGCAUGAGAAGGAUGGCCUGGAUGCGACAAAUGAGCCAAGUGGCGAGGAUAAGCGCAAGGAGCAGGCCAAGGACAUUGACGACAUGAAGGAGCCCGAACUCGAUGAGGAGCAAACCAAUGCCAUGCACAAUGAACUGGAAGAGCCACCAGAGCCCGAGGAAAUGGAUUUGGGCGAUAUGAACAACGUGGACGAGGGUCAUGACAACGAAGCCGAUGAAGCAAAUGAUGAGAAUCCAUUUGACAUCGAUGCCAUGAAGGAGAACAUGCAGAUGGCCGAGGAGCCAGAGGAGGAAGCCGCCGAUGAAGAACCCAAGGAGGAUCAGCCCGAACCCGAUGAUGACAGCGACUCUGAUGCCGAGGAGACAGGCACUGAAAAGGACACAACUCAGAAUGGCAAAGAUGAUGCCGAAGACGAAGAAGCUGCCGCAGAAGAGGAGAAAGAAAACACGGAGCCAGAGACCCAAACACGUGGCGAACUCGACAAGGACGAGGAAGAGCAGAAAGAGGAGACACCGCCAGAGGAAGAGGCACGUGAAGAGAAGCCAGAACAGCACACACAAUCAAAGGACAAGUCCAGCAAGGAAGAGAAUGUGCAAUCUGUGCCCGAUACCGAACAAAACAGCUCGGCGGAUCAGGUGCAGCAGCAACAGGAUGAGGAUGUCAAGCAGGACCAGAAGAUGGAUGAGCAGGAGACGGGCGAAGAAAAGGAUGGCGUUGGACAGGCCGAAAAUGAUACAAAUGAUGGCGGCCAUCAAGGCGUUGCGGAGACCAAGGAAACCGUUUCGCAGGAGGAACGAAAGAAUGAAAAGCAGACACAGGAGAAGCGUAAACAAGGACGCACCAAUGAGGAACGCACGCUAGGUGAAGCGGAGCAAAACAAACUAAAGCAGCUGAAAACAAUUGAUCAACUAAAGGAGUCCAAGCAGAAUGAAAGCGAGCAACAGGACCAAGCGGAACAGGACGCGGAAGCCGAGGAAUAUCAGCAUGUAAAGGAGCCAAAGAACAGCGAUAAAACCACUUUGGACAAUGCCACCGAAGAGCAAUCCAAGCAAAUUAAACACCAAGAGGAUGAGGAGCAAAAGGAUGAGGAGAAUGCAGAUGCCGAAAAUGCUGAUGAACUAAUGGAUACGGAGGAGCCAACAGUAAACCCAGAAGAUGACGCACAACUAGAACAACUAAGCUCUGAAAAAACGGACCAAAAGUCAGAGAAACCCUCAAAAACAGAACAGUCCAAGGAACGUCUGGAAACGCCGCUCGAGCAAAUGGAAGUCGAAGGCGAAGUGGUUCCCACUAUGACAGUGCCACGUAGUGCUGAAACCACUGCACACAGCAACACUGAGCUACUGCUGGAUAAGAGCACACAUGCACAGGAUUUGAGCACAGCGGAGCAAAUUGAGCUGCGUCAAAUGUAUCAACAGCAGUUGACCAACGCAAAUGUGACGCUGCCACAGCACGAGGAUUAUGAGAGUUGGUCGAGCAUAUCGAAUCGCAUGACACAAAAUGCUCGAGAGCUGUGCGAGCAGCUGCGUCUCAUCUUGGAGCCCACGAAGUGUACACGUCUCAAGGGCGACUAUCGCACUGGACGUCGCAUCAACAUGAAGAAGAUCAUACCAUAUAUAGCAUCGCAGUUCCGCAAGGACAAGAUCUGGUUGCGUCGCACAAAGCCGGCACAGCGUGACUAUAAGAUUACCAUUGCCAUCGAUGAUUCCAAGUCGAUGCAUCAUAACAAUUCCAAGACACUGACCCUGGAGGCCAUCUCCUUGGUGUCUCAGGCUCUGACUCUGCUUGAAAGUGGUCGUCUGAGCAUUGUGUCAUUCGGAGAAGCGCCAAAAAUAAUCCUGAAUCAUACGGAACAGUUUGAUGGACCACGUUUGGUUAGCGCACUGAAUUUUGCACAGGAUAAAACUAAAAUUGCCGGUCUGCUCGACUUUAUACGCACCGUGAACAUCGAGGAGAGCGGACUCGGUGGUGAUAAUGGUUUAUUCGAGAAUCUGCUGCUGGUCUUGAGCGAUGGACGUAAUAUAUUCAGCGAGGGAAAUCAGAAGGUGAAAAAUGCCAUCAAAUUGGCACGUUUACAGCGAAUUUUCAUCGUUUACAUUAUCAUUGAUAAUCCCGAUAAUAAGAAUUCAAUUCUUGAUAUACAACAUGUGGAAGUGAAUGCGGAUGGUUCGGUUAAAAUAAACUCCUAUUUGGACAAUUUUCCGUUUCCAUAUUAUGUGAUUGUACGGGAUUUGAAUCAACUACCGCUUGUCCUCAGUGAAGCCAUGAGGCAAUGGUUUGAAUUAGUUAAUAGUGAAUUGUAGUUUUAGUUUUUUAUACAUAUUAUUUUAAGAUGUAAAUGCAAUUUUAUAAUUCCUAACACACACUUGAAGAAUUAAGAAUAUAGUUUUUUUGUUCGAAAA